GGGGUGGACACUGCAUGGACUGUGACUCCCUCUCCCGCCCUCACUGCUCUCCCUCUCCAGGGAUCAGGCCCUGACUAUAUAACAGAGAGCCGAGCCCUCCUGAAGUUCGCUAAGUCAGGCUCACUUGCAAAGACUUAUAGGUUCCAGAUUCACUUCUUCUCACUUCUGGAAGUUGGUAGGGGAGCUUGAGUCCUCCACAAAGUCUUGGAAAUCAGGGAAACCACCAGGUUGAGGCUCAGCAACAUAGCUAAAGAGAAAGAAAGAAAGAAAGAAAGAAAGGACGAUAAAAGCAAAGAAUCUCCGUAGACUUACCAGCAAACAUCCCGGUCCACUGGAAAGAUGCAGAAGACAGGCUUCUUCACCCAAAAGAAAGCAGCAGCAGCACUGUGCAUUGUCCUGUUAAUGGUGGCUCAACAGGUGUGUGCAGGUCCUUUGGUUUCACAGGACCUGUCCAGCUUCCUCCAGAGUGCAGAUCUAAGGGGGUCAGAUGUCGUCCAUGCUCCAAGGAGGAUAGCCCGGAUGACCCCGCUGUGGCGGAUCAUGAACAGUAAACCCUUCGGAGCAUACUGCCAAAACAACUAUGAAUGCUCCACAGGGCUCUGCAGGGCAGGACACUGCUCCACGAUGAACCGUUCGGCAUCGCAGCCGGUGAACUAUUAGACGUCCGAGGACACAACCAGCAUGUUCAACUGACGGGUUCUGAUAACUGGGAGAUCAGCUUACCCAGGCUUCUUCUUCUCCUUCUUUUACUUCUUUAUUUUAAAUCAGAAUUUGUAUUUAUUUUCCAGUAAAAUGAUAUCUAAAUUUUUUAAAUGCACCUGUCAGGCAGCUACUGCUCCACCUGAUGCAUUUCAAAUUGGGAAUUGUCAGGCCUUUCAAACCUUAAGCAUUUGAUGACAGUUUAACCACACAGAAAGUUGUAUUUCUGCAACUACUGAGCUUUUUUUUAUUAUUAUCUCUUUGUCCUACUAGUUACCCUGGCCUUGAACUGAUCCCACAGCUGAUAUAACGACGCUCGAUAACAGCGUUUCAUUUACAACCCAUUCCUUCACAAAUAUCAUAAAACAGCAAAACAUUUUUAAAGGAAAUUUGUAAUUCUGUAACUCUGAGCAGAUGCGUAGUUUCCACAUUUUUAUGACUGAGAUGUAACUGGUCGUGUUUUCUAGCGUGUGAUAAACUCAGAUUUUUAAUGAUACAACUUUAUCAGAAGUAAAUUAAACAAGGAGCUGUGCAGCAAUGCCUUCUAGAAACUCCUCACCCUUACUUUUUUUUAAUACUCGUAGUCAUAAUUUCUGUCCCCUUAAUAACUGGACCAGCCUAGUUUAGUCCAAGGUUAAAUUAAAAGGUUAAAUGUAAAUGAAGGAUAAACCAAUAGAGAACAAAUGACGUGGAGCUGACCUUUGGCCUUUGAACACUACUUACUGUUGGGCGUUUUACAUAAAGCAAUGUUUGUUUUAGAAAUCUUAAAAAUAUGAAUGAACAUAACUCAAGCAUUGGCCACAGAGCCAAACAGGAAUGCAAAACAAAGUAGCGGAAAUGGCAUAAAAGGGGAUGGUAUAAAAACUGAGAAGAGGUGGAGCAAUGUCUUUAUGGAUUCAAGAUAAAAGUUAUUUAAAGUACACUCAGGUUCUUGACAAAAGUUUUAAACACAGUUGGAUUAACUAACAGUUUCUGUAAUGCUGAUUCUGGUAUUUUAUUUAUUUUAUCUUUUUUUUAAAUGUCAAAAUGUGCCCAUUUUCAUUUAGUAUUUUAAACUCAGUUUAGGAUAUUUCACUUUUUUGUUUUGUCCCAUAACUGUUUGGGGUUUUUUUUGUUUUGCUUUUUAAAAAAAAAAGAUUUAAAGCAGGAACGUUAUGACGUCUACAUGCUCAAACAAUCUUAAAUCUGCAAAGUCUCAACGUUGAGCUACCUGAUGGGCUGAGUGUACAAAUACUGGGAAGAGAUUCCUCACUAUGAGCUGCACAGCCUUGUUUUUUUAUUUGCACAUCUAUGAAAUCCUGAAAUUUAAGAGGCGGUUGUAGCUUUAGCUUCAACUCACCUGCAGUUUACUUCA